AUGCCGGUCAAGUGGAUGGCGAUUGAAUAUUUGAUUGAUCGCAUCUUCUCCAGCCAAUCCGACGUGUGGUCGUACGGAGUUCUUCUCUGGGAACUCUUUUCUUUAGGCCAAGUUCCCUACCCAGGUAUGGACGUUGGUCACAUACUCAUGAAAGAAAUUCUGAAAGGAUAUCGGAUGGACAAACCGGAACUGGCGCCCAACUUCUUCGGUGAAAUGAUGGCCGAUUGCUGGAAAUCGGAUCCGAAAGAGAGACCCACUUUCAGUCAAAUGGAGGAGAUUAUCUGCAGUCACAUGGAGUCGUCUGUCAGCUCAGACUAUUUGAAUAUGAACGCGUUGUAUGUAAAACUCAACGAAGAUAAGGAAAACGCAACGCCAAAGGAUCAUUUUGGAUUGGCAAAGUUGUUGGUAGAAAAAUCAGGAGCUCAAUCCAAGAGGGACACGACCGCUCGAUAUUCAUUUUUACCUAUGCUGUUCUCAAAAAAAGAUGCUGAUUCCGAUCUUUAG